AUGCAAAUCGCUGGUCUCUUCAAAACAGCUACUACUACUGCUGAUAUGCAAGAACAUGUAGAUUUACAUGAGUUCCUUGUUCAUGAUGGUAGAACAUUUGAAGUCAUUAAUGGUUCAAGUUUUAUUUAUCUCAUCGAAUGCAUUCUUGAUGUUAGUCAUACUUUACUAGGAUCAUCUACUGGUUGUGCAACUGAUUUAAUUGAUGAUUCACGAACGAUAAAUUGUGAUGUAAAUAAACUUUAUGAACAACGCAAAUCUCAAUGA